AUGGCUCCCGUUCAGGAUUCAAUUGCUAAGCAUUACGACUAUUUGGUGAUCGGAGGAGGUUCUGGUGGUGUGGCGUCCGCCCGCCGUGCCGCUUCGUAUGGUGCUAAGGUUCUCCUUGUUGAAGGCCAGUACAAAAAGUUAGGAGGCACCUGUGUGAAUGUUGGCUGUGUUCCUAAGAAAGUGAUGUGGUAUGCUUCCGACAUGGCCCACAAGAAGAAGCAGUUGAAAGCUUAUGGCCUUUCCGAUGAAGAACUCGAUGUUAAGUUCGGUGACUUCGACUGGAGCUCCAUUAAGCAAAAGAGAGAUGCCUAUGUCAAGAGAUUGAACGGAAUCUACGAGAGAAAUUUAGAGAAGGAGAAGGUGGAGUACCUCUACGGAUAUGCUUCGUUUGCCAACGAGAACGGUGAUGUAGAGGUGGUGUUGAGCGAGGACCAGGAGGUUCCUUUCUUGUCCGGCUCUUUCAAGAAGAACGAGAAGUUGACUUUUUCUGCUGAUAAGGUUCUCAUCGCUACUGGUGGAGAACCUGUCGUGCCUCCAAAGGUCGAGGGUUCUGAAUUGGGAAUCACUUCCGACGGAUUUUUCGGGUUGGAGAAGCAGCCUAAAUCGGUUGCCAUUGUGGGUGUGGGAUACAUCGGUGUUGAAUUGGCUGGUGUCUUCUCUUCAUUGGGAACGGAAACCCACUUGGUCGCACGUGGAGAGACUGUGUUGAGAGCAUUUGACGAGAUUAUUCAAAAUUCCAUCACCGACAUCUACAUCAACAAGUUGGGAAUCAAUGUCAUCAAGAACUCUGGCAGUGUUAGUAAGGUUGAGAAGGCUGGAGAUAAGAAGAAGGUUUUCUUGGGCAAUGGAGAUGUUUUGGAGGUCGAUGAGUUGAUUUGGACCGUUGGCCGUAAGGGAUUGAACAGAAUUGGUUUGGACAAGGUUGGUGUCAAGCUUGACGCCAAGGGAAACGUCGAGGUCGAUUCUUACCAACAGACUUCAAACCCUAAGGUUUUCUCUUUGGGAGACGUUGUUGGUAACGUUGAGUUGACUCCAGUGGCAAUUGCAGCUGGUCGUAAGUUGUCUAACAGAUUGUUCUCUGGCCAGGAGGCGUUUGCUCAGGAUAAAUUGGACUACAGCAAUGUGCCAUCUGUUGUUUUCUCGCAUCCUGAAGCUGGAUCGAUCGGUUUAACCACUAAGCAGGCCAUCGAGAAAUACGGUGAGAGCGAGAUCAAGAUCUACAACUCCAAAUUCAACGCUAUGUUCUACGCUAUGAUGGACUCUGACGAUGAGAAGAUUCCUUGUGUGUACCGUUUGAUCUGUGCUGGACCAGAAGAGAAGGUUGUGGGACUACACAUUGUUGGUGACUCCUCUGCUGAGAUUUUGCAGGGAUUCGGAGUUGCUGUGAAGAUGGGUGCCACCAAGAAGGAUUUCGACAGCUGUGUGGCCAUUCACCCUACAUCUGCUGAAGAGUUGGUGACUUUGCGUUGA